UAGCGAUCAUGUAUUAAUUACUUUUUUUGCAAUAAAAUUGUUACUAAGUGUAAGACUCAUUUGACUGACAGAUACUUAUGUAAAUGAUACCCCGGAAGAUAACGAUUUCACAAUAAACACCUACCCUUUAUAUUGAUAUAAAUAAUUUCGAAAUCAUAAGACUAGGUAAAAUAAAAUGGCGGAGACACCUGACUUUCCCUAACAGCAUAAAAACAAAUGGAUAUUAUAUGAUUUGUUAUUUUUAUUAAGGAUUACAAAAUGAAACAAGAAUUCCAAAGAAAUGUCAAUUCAGAGGACAACAGCCUAGGUUUUUGUGGAAACUGUUGCAUUGCUUUGUCAACAAUUCUCAUAAUUUUUACGUUUCCAUUCUCUUUAUGUUACAUAAUUAAGAUUGUACAGGAAUAUGAACGUGUUGUUAUAUUUAGACUUGGGCGGGUUAUUUCUGGCGGUGCUAGAGGACCAGGUUUAUUCAUCGUCUUCCCUUGCAUCGACGAAUAUGUAAAGAUUGAUUUAAGAAUGGUGUCCGUGAAUAUUCCCCCGCAGGAGAUAUUGACAAAGGACUCGGUUACUGUUGCCGUUGACGCUGUGAUAUUUACCAGGAUAUUUGACCCCGUCAUGGCCACAUGUAACGUUGCGAACGCUAGAUAUUCUACGUCAUUACUUGCAGCAACAACUCUCAGGAAUGUGCUGGGCACAAAAAACAUGGCGGAAUUAUUAUCGGAUCGGGAUACAAUCGCGGACCAUAUGCAGCAAAUAUUAGAUGAAUCUACAGAUCCUUGGGGUGUACAAAUUGAAAGAGUUGAAAUAAAAGAUGUAAGACUACCGAUACAGCUACAACGAGCAAUGGCUGCUGAAGCAGAAGCGUCAAGAGAAGCACUUGCUAAAGUGAUAGCAGCUGAAGGCGAACAAAGAGCAUCAGUGGCAUUAAAAGACGCAGCCGAGAUAAUGAUGCAGUCACCGACUGCAAUGCAACUCAGAUAUAUGCAGACCCUCGGCACUGUAGCUGCAGAACGGGAAUCUACCAUUAUAUUCCCAUUACCUAUGGAAACAAUGUUUUCACUUGAUAAAGUGGCUCAUCAAAUAAAGCAUACACCACUUCCAGUACAAAAUCAGGCAUAUGACAAUACCGAGGUUGCAUUUGACAAUACCGAAGUCGUACCUCAAAGAAACGAAGUCGUUCCUGUACGAAAACAAGCAUUUGAAAAUAACGGGGUCGCAUUUGACAAUACUGAAGUCGUACCUCCAAGUACUAAAGUCGUUCCUGCCAAUAUCGAAAUCGCAUCCAACAAUGCCGACGUCUCAUCUGAUAAUUUAGAAGUUGUAUCUAUCCAUACAGAAGUCACAACAUUGUAAGGUUAAAAACAUAUAACCAAUGAACUAUUUUCGGUCAGAGAUCUUGAUGUAUGGCGUCUGUCCUUGUUAUCUUAACAGUUUCUUAUAAACUUUGCCUGCUACGCUAGUAUCUUGAUAUUAUCAGUAUAUUUAAAUAAUUUUUUUAUUUUGUU